UAAAUUUGCAUAACGACGUGAUAAAAUAUUGUUUAUUUACAGGUGGAAUACGGUGGAAAAACAUACGAGUUCAAAGUAAACACAACCGAAAAUUAUUCUUAUCUUAGUAAUCGCGUAGUGAUUUUCGUACUUGGAUUUUCAUGGAUGUCACUCACCGCCCUGGACGUACGGAGGGCAGAGAUGAAAUUGGGCAGACAGAUGUCACAGACAGUAUCAUCUGCAAGCAAGUAUUCGGGGCAAAGUGAUAUGACAACAUCUCCACCUUCAAGUAGCUUUCAAGAACAUUUGAACGCUGCUCAUGGAAAAGACCAAGCGUUGCCUGUCCUGCAAGCCACAGAUCACAUGGAAAAGGUGCAAGAACCAAACCUAUCUUACAAAAGUGAAUAUGUGCGCUUAGAAAACAGAGAGGCCAAUUCCUUUGAGUUGAAAGGUGCGAUAAAGAGCGUGUCACAAGAAAGAAAGACAAAAGGCAGAAAUAAAGUUAAAUCAGGCAGACGACCUGACUCACGACUGUCAGCUACGUUUGUUAACCCUGGAGAAGAGAAAUCGAAUGAUUUUACUUCUGAAGAACUUCCUCAAACACAAGGAAUAAAUGACGAAAACACUGAGGAAUGGCAGGAGGUACAAAGUAAGAAAAAACGAGGCAGACGUCCAGCUAUUUCACCCCGUCCAGUAUAUUCAAGCACAGAACCCGAAUGGAAAAAAGAGAAUUUCCAGAGACUUGUUAGCAAAUUGCAAUCCGAGUUUCCUCAUUCGAGCAGAGAAACCAUAAUAGAAGCUUACAAUGAAGUUAAAAAGGUGCAUGGAAGUCUGGAUGGACAGGAUUUGAAAUUCAUUAUGCUAGAAGUUAGCCGAAAAUUGAAAAAGACAUGAAAUGCAACUCUAGAAACAAUGAAGUGAUAAAAUUUGUAUAAGUACAGAAUACAAUUUGCGUUGUUUUUAAUUGCCUCAUAUAUCAAUCAUUUACAAAAUGAUUGCCUUUUUUGAUCAAACCGAGCCUGAUAUUUGUUUACUUGGCUGCGUUCUUUCACUUCAAAUGAUCUUAUUAUAGAUUUUAUUAGAAUUUCUUACUAAUAUCCAAGUGUACACAUGACAGACAUUAUGUCAAGGGUAUUGCUUUCUAUAUGUAACUAAAUGGGUAGUUGACAUAAAUGCCCCAUACGGUAAAAGUAACUGAAAUAGAAAGCAAAUACGUAUAUAUGAUUAUUGUUUGAUUAGAUUAUGAAACAAAACAGUAGUGCAUAAGAUUCUUCACGCUUGCAUAUGUAACCAUAUUUGUAGAAGGUGUAUGUACCAAUACAUAUUGUACAUAUGAAAGGAAGGUUAUGCCAUGAUUGAGGAUGGACACAUGGUAUCAAUCCAUGUCAAUAAAUUAGUGACAUACGAUGUAGAACGUUUAGGAAAGCAUCUUGCAUUUAAUCCAACUUGAAAGUGAAACAUGUCCAUGUCAUAAUUUUAAACCAACGUUAUAACGCCUUUACUUGUACAACUAUGUUCAUACACGUGACAUUUUGUUCAGCCAUUCAAUACCGUAUCUGCAUUGUUACAUAUACUCUACUUUAUCAUCGAACUGUUUAAUGUUUUUUUCCGUACAAUAUUCACAUAAACAUCUGCGUAAUUGAUGCGAAGAAAUAGUUAUGUCACAAUUUGUCACAAUAUUGAAAACAAGCGAACAUUACUUUAAAAUCAGCUUUCAUUUAUUUUCUCUGUGAUCAUCUACCUUAAUUACACUGUAAAAUGCAUCAUUUAUACUUGGACCAGGACUUUGCGUUAGUAGCAUUCACAGCUUACACAUACGUCUUGUCAAUGAAAUCAAUAUUUGGUAUUUUGAAAGUAGUAUAAAAUUAAUUGUUUAUGUUUAUCCUAACUUUAAGGUAUUGGACCCCUAAUAGUAAUGUUAACAAACUGGCAUUUGCUUGAUAGUUGACCAUGUUUCGCACUGUGUUGCAAAUUUUAAACAACUUUUACUGUGCAAUUUUUUGUAAAUUUUGUAUAAUUUAUGGUAUUUCCUCAAGCUCAAGUAGAGACAAAUUACAAUGUGAUAGCCACUAUCUAAAACGUUUGCAGAGAAUUCAUUACAGCAUUAAUUUUGAUAAAAGAAACCUCAAACUAUUGUUAAACAAUUAUAAAACACAAAGUAAAACUGUAAAUAUCAUUUUUCUAGGGUGCCUCAAGUAAACAGAUUUAAUGAGACAGAAUUCUAACACCAACAUUGAAAAAAGGUUGAAGGUUGAAUCCUGUGGGUCUGUUUUGAAUUUUGCUCACUUCAUUCAAAAAGUAAAACCUACCUGUAUUUCUUCCAAAAUAUGUAACCUAAAGAAUAAAGGCAAAAUAGAGAGCUUUUACCGUAUGUAACUCAGUAUUUUUAAAGAUGUCUAACUCUACCCCUCCUGAUUCAGAGGUAAAUUCACUUUGAACCGCAAAAAAUAGCUUAUAAAAUUAAAAUUUUCCACUUUUGUACAAUACAUCUAUAAUAAGUCUUGAAAUAAGUAAAAAAUUACUGAAAAAAAAAAGGAAAAUAUGGAGAAAAAAAUUUGGUCCCAGUGGGGCUUAAACGUACGCUCCCCUGAAAACUGCAGUCAGAGUAGGUUUAUAGAAGGAAUUGAAUACUCUUCAAAAAAGAGGUACUCUAUUACGGGUCCAAUACCUUAAAGAAAUCAAUACAUGUUUAUAAAAUGAUUGUUGAUUUUUGAUAAGUGAUAUAUGUAGUUAUGCCGCUACAAGUGUAUUCAUGGUCGGCUUUUAAUGAUAUGUUUUAAAGUGCUUGUUUAUACUGAUAUAUGAUUGUUACACUGCGAGCUGAUACUAGUAUAACACUGGUAUUAUGCUUGGUAUAUGUACCUAUAUAAAUAUUAGAAAGGUGUUUUAUAUAUUGAUAGCUAUUAUUUUCCUGUUGAUCGACUAACAUAUACAUGUAUUAUGAUGAGAGUUAGUCCAUGUAAAAUAUACAAUGAAAAUGUACAAGGACUUUUCGUAUAUACUUUUUGUAAGCGAGAUGAAAACUGUUGAAACAUUGAAAUGCCUUAAAAUAUUUUGAUAAGGCAACAAAUUUUCUGUUUUGAAAAUUUGAUUGCAUAUUUUUAUUUGAAAUAUCAAAACUACAUGUAACUACUACUUGCUAAGCUUGCUAAAAUUACUUUUGAAUCAAGAAUAUAGAUAAGUGAUUAGCAUAGGUUUGUUUAGCAAAAUUUACAGUUACUACUUUCGUUGGGUAGAUUUACACUAGAACGCUUUUGGUAUCUUGUUUUGUACAUCUGUAAUAAAUGAUUUAAAACAGUGAA